AACAUCCGGAGAGAAAGCAACCCAGCAGCAUCACGGUGAGGUACAGCAGCUGCGCCAGAACCUGCACCGCCUCCAGAUCCUGUGCAGCUCUGCCGAGAAGGAGCUGCGGUACGAGAGGGGCAGGAGCCUGGACUUCAAACAGCAUAACAGCUUGCUCCAGGAGGAGAACAUCAAGAUCAAAAUGGAACUCAAGCAGGCCCAAGAGAAGUUGCUGGACAACGCCAGGAUGCACUCGUCACUCACGGCGGAGUGGAAACACUGUCAGCAGAAAGUCAAGGAGCUGGAGCUAGAAGGGCUGAGGCAGGCACAGAGCAUCAAAUCGCAGCAGAACCUGCAGGAAAAGCUGGCUCGGGAGCAAUCGAAAGUGGCGGAUGCGCAGGAGAAGAUCUUGGACCUGCAGCGGAGGCUAGACCAUGCGCGACAAGUCUGCCUUUCAGAUGUCUGUAUUCUUCGGAAGCAGCAGCUAGAGGACGAGAUCAGGGAAGCAAAGAGCAACGAGGCCAGGCUGCAGCAGCAGUGUCAGGACGAGCAGCAGAGGAGGGUCCUCCUAGACCAGGACAUAAAUGAACUCCAGAGACAAGUGAGAGCGUUGCAGGAUCAGGAGGACCAACGGGAAGCCACCAGUUCCCAGCAACAAGAGGCUCUGCACAAACAGCUGGAAAACGAGAGGACAAAGUGUGAUGAGUAUGUCAAGAGCAACCAGGAACUGUCAGAGAGGCUGUCUAGGUUACAGCAGGAGAAGGAAGCUCUAUGGCAAGAGCACGCGCAGUUUCUGGAGCAACUUGGUGAGCACGUGAGAAACUACAAAGACAAACACCACGGCCACAGAGCCAAGCUUCAAAAGGUCAAGGACCGUCUAACUCAUGAGUUAGAAAAACGGAAUAAGAGGAUUAAAGAACUCGAAGAUGAAACUGGGAAACUGCAACAGAAAAUUGAAAUG